AUUUCCGUUGACUAUCAAGCAUGGAUUAAUUUAAUAGUUAUAAAAAUAACGGGGUGUAUAAAUCAAUAUUUUAUACGCUAAAAAUGGCGAGCGCGGCAAUGUUUUUGUACGAAAAUCUAAAUUAUUAUAUCGAGAACCCAACCGUUCCAGAAACAAAAGAUUGGUUCAUGGCUGGUAACCCGUUAAAACUUAUCACAUUACUAGCAUGCUAUCUGCUCUUCUGCUUACGUCUGGGCCCCUGGUAUAUGAAAGAUAGGAAACCAUAUCAAUUAAGGAAUGUUAUCAAAAUAUACAACGUAUUUCAAAUUCUUAUCAGUCUCUAUUUAUUUUAUGAGGGAACAAUUUACAUAUUUUUCACAGAUUUCAACUUUUACUGUAAAGGUGUAGAUGAUGUAGAUUCACCGUCAAGAUUAAGGAUAGCAAAAACAAUUUGGAUAUAUUACAUUGUGAAAAUAAUCGAUCUCAUGGACACGGUAUUUUUCGUGCUUCGAAAAUCAGACAGACAAAUUACGUCACUUCAUGUCCAUCAUCACACACUGAUGCCGAUUGCUACAUGGGUGGCUAUAGUUUUCUUUCCAGGAGGUCAAGGCGUACUUAUAGGAUAUAUCAACGCUUUGGUGCAUGCUAUUAUGUAUACUUACUAUCUACUCGCCGGUCUAGGAGAUAAGUACAAGAAAUAUCUCUGGUGGAAGAAAUAUUUAACUAUGCUGCAAUUGAUACAGUUCACGAUCAUUGUAGUUCACAAUGUUAAUAGUUUAUUCUACCCAUGUUCCUUCCCGUUUAUGUUAAAAUUACUUUGUAUAUUCUAUGGACUAGUAUUCCUAAAUAUGUUCGGAAAAUUUUACUAUUACAACUACGUUAAGAGUAAAAAUGAUAAAGAUAUAAAAAAUGUACCAAAUAAAAUAAAAAAAUCAGUUAUAAAUAAAACGCACUAGUGUUCAAUUAAGCUAUUGAUAGCACCUAGUUAAAUAAAUGUAUGGUAUUUAUUAAAAUAUUUAUCAACAUUA